AUGGUUGCCUUAGCGAUGGAAGACAUUCGAGCCCGUAUUGAGACUUUAGACGAUAACGAAUUAAGGCGAGAAUUGAAAAAUUUGGGUCUAGAUAUAGGCCCCAUUACUGCUACUACCAAAGCAACUUUUAUCGGCUUAUUGGCUAAAAAAUUGCAUCGAUUAAAUGGAGGUGAAGUUCCGCCCGACAACGAUCAAGACACGGAUGUUAAGGCCGUUUCAAAUAACUCUAUCAACAGCUCUGCCGUUUGCCGUAAGAGCAAUUCUGAUCAGAAGCCAUCGAUUUACUACGGAGUUUGGUUAGGUGAUGAUCAGCAAUCAACCGAGUCUGUACCCACGACUCCACUAGUUUUCGAUCGAAAGAGCGAUUUAGAAAAAUACUUGAAAGGUCAUAAAACUGCUCGGUUUAGAACUUUCAAGAGUAAAAACGACGCAGAAUGUUAUUCUUUAUCGACAUCGCAAUAUGUAGUCAACUCCUCGCUCAAUGGCAGCAGUCUCGAUACUGAACCCCCGCAACAGUACCAUGGUCCAUCUCGGACGAUCAUUAGUCACUUGCAACGUGCUGCUAGGUGUGGCUUGCUAGAACAGUAUUCUGAUCUAGUGGAGCAAAAUCCUCGAUGUUUACUUACUGCAGUUGAAACCCCGGUUAUUCUCCAAGAAGGCUUACGUUAUAAUGCAAUGCACUUUGGAUCACAUUAUAAUCAGCCUGAAAUCUGCCAAUAUGUUAUUGAUAAAUGUAAAGAUUUGCAAUUUUGGAAAAAGUUAUAUCCCAACGAUGAUUCUGAACAGCUGCGUCAAAAUUGCAUCAACAUAGCUCUGGAUCGUUACUUGAAUACACCGGACAAAAUGCUGGCGGAGACACCGCUACAUUUUGCUUGCAAGUUUGGUUUCACUGAGGUGGUUAAGAAUCUACUCCAUGAACCUGCAACCUUGAGAAAUUGUAAAAAUAAACACGGCAAGCUACCAUUCGACCUUAUAUGUACCCGAUACAACAAUGAAGAUAAACAAGAAGUUAAAGAAUCGAUAGAAAAUUUAUUUACAGAACAUUACUUUGUCCCAAUUUACCGGGAAGAUGAUAAUGUUGUACCGCCAAAGCUUGGUACGCCGUGCAAGUCAGAUCAAAUUAAUUUGAGCUUUGACGAAAGUCUGUUAGACAAAGCAUUAUCACCAAUCGAUCCCAAGCGAGUCCUAAGAGCCUACGCAGGUCCAACUUCUCCUGCUUUGGCAAAGGAAUUUCAUAAAUUGCUGGUAACUCCAUCGAGUAUAGAAAAACGACGGGCUUACUCUGAUAUCAAGUGCCGAGAUAGCGAGAAAGGAAUCGAAAGAGUUGCCAGAUCACUUGCACGAGAUAUGCAGGUUCCUUGGAAAGAAUAUUGGAAAUUUAUGGAUGGUUAUGCAGAUUUUAUGACUUCUGAUGGAUUAAUGAAGCUAGAGAAAUAUCUAAAAGAAUCGAAAGCAAAGACAUCAACCGCCAAAACAACGGAAUUAGAUAAUGUUACAUCCAAGCUGGAUACUAUGAAUUUAAGCGGUACUCCUGAAAGCAACACAACACCUCGACGUGGUGAAUCGGACAUGGAGACGGAAACAGAUGAAAAUACAGAUGGAUUUCUUGUCGGAAAAAUUGCUGGUAUCGAUUUGGAUGUAAUGCGAGCAAUAAGGCCAGAAGAUCUUGAUAGCAAUAAGUAUCCACUUGUAACUGAGUGGUACAAUAAAGUUUCUUCCAAAGCCAAUGCAGAUCAAAGUUACGAUAGGUUGAGAAAGAAACAGCUUGGUAAACGGAUCUUAUUCAAGUAA